AUGUUUUCAAUUCCAAAAUAAAUCAAGUUAAGCAGCGAAGUUCAUUCUUUUAAAUAUAUAACUUAUUAUGAUUCAGCUGGCAAUAUAAUCUAUAGAAUUAAUCAUUAAGUAAGUGGUAAACCUCUUCCUAGUUUAAUAUUCUAACUUAUUGAUGAAGAGGGAAAUACAAUUGAUAGUUCAUAUGUUACAAUAGCUUAAAGUCUGAAUUAUGAUUUAACUUUAUCAGUAAAAAAAGCAUAAAACUUAUCUAGUUCUCCUUUUGCAAUUACUAGCUUUUAGCAAGAAUUUGAAUUUAUAGGCUAUUAUAAUGUAAGCAAUUUAGUAGUAACUGGUAUUCCUGGAAAAUCAGUUUUUUUGUCUUUAACUAUUGAUUUAUAGAGCUAAAAAUAGAAUUAUCAAGUUUUUUUAGAAAUAAAUUUACGUCCUUGUAUUAGAGGGGAAAUUUAUAUUGUCUAUGAAGAUUUGACAUAAAACCCUCCAGAAAAGCUUUAUUCAUGCAAUUAAUGCGAAUAUGGAACGUAUUCUUUAGUAUAUCCAAGUUUAAAUAAUACUAGCAUAGAUUGUAAAUAAUGCAGUGUUCAUGCUAAUUGCCCAGGAGGUCAUAUAAUUGAUGUUAAAAAGGGUUACUGGAGAAUAAAUGAUCAGACAGACGAGAUAAUAGAAUGUAUAAAUGCCCCAUAAAAUUGUCUUGGAGGCUAAACUAAUUUGAUAUGUUCACAGGCUCAUAUAGGACCUCUGUGUGAAAGUUGUGAUAUAAAAAAUAACUAUUCUAAUACUGGAAACUUUGAAUGUGGAUCAUGUGGCAAUAAAAUUAUUAAUUCCUUGAAAAUUGUAGGCUUGAUGCUGUUUUAUAUUAUAAGUGCGAAAUUAAGUGUUGAUGGAGUUAUAAGCAGAUUAUUUUAUAUAUUAGAUAAAAGAGAUAAUUAUGGUGUUGUCAACGUUUUAGAUUAAUAUACCAAACCACAUUAAUGA